AAACCAAUUUCGGGUUUUUCAUUUUCUCAAAAUACGUGCGGUUUAUCGAAUCUGUCUUGGUCCGAGGACAAUAGACUUGCUCUAGCAACUGAUGAAUGCAUUGUCAUUCUGGAUCCAUUGUGUUCUCCGAGCUAUUCCGAGAAGCAGAUAAAUCUUCGCUACUACCUGAUACCCGCCGACAAAGAAAAAAAUAUUGUUGAUGUUGGUGUAAACAAGGUCAACUUGAUACAGAAAUGUACAACAGAACAAGAAAUUGGAAUAUUUUCUGACCUCACGCUGAACAUUGGACAGAUGAACAGCCAAGUCGAUGUGCCCAGCUUUGGAUUCGUGAAAAUAUCCUGGUCUCCCCUUGGAGCUGAUGUUCAAAACCAAUGUAUUUUGGCAACGCUUAGUUUAGAUCACCGACUCCACCUUUGCCACAAUAGAGGAAAAGGCCGAGAGUUGCAAAAGGCGGUGGAUAUUUCAAAACUCUAUCACGAGUAUCACAAGGGGAAGAACUUCUCCGCGUUAAAGAGAGGCAUUCGCGGCGUUGAUAAACCUGGUGUAUAUGAGUUGAUGUUGUAUCAGCUGGCCGCCGUGGACAUGUGCUGGUCUCAUGUAUUCAGCACUACAGAUGGAGAUGAGAUCAGAAGAAUGCUCGUGCUCUUCAUGAUGACAAAAGGUGGUGAUGUUGUCUCGUGGAGGAUCCAGGUCCCAGUCGUUAUGGGUGAAGAGCCUCAACUAUUAGGAAUCAAGUCGACUAAUAUGAAGUUACCAUCCACCUGCCAUUGGUGUCAAACUGAAGAGGAAAAAGGGUUUCUGUGUGUCGGUUUUAAUGAUGGUCGAGUAAAAGCAAUGAUGUGUAUAUUUGAUGGUGUCUCGGGUGAUAUCAGCUUGAAGGAGGAGUUUGUACUGUGGGAGCACACCGAUAGGUUGGCCUGCACCGAUAUGCUUUGGAAAAAGCAGGAGAGCGCCCUCUUUGUAGUGAAAGAAAGCUUCUUAUUAAAAUUCGACCUUGACCUGACUGAUGGACUAAAGGUGACGUCAACCCCUACACCAGUCAUCCAGCAUGCCAUGCAAAUAGUCGGGAUGUGUCAUGCAGAGGGCACCACCACCAUCACUGCAUCGGAGGACCGGAUGGUUAAUAUGUAUCUCCACGAACACGGACAAUCCGGUGUCGUUCGUUUACCGCACGAGCCUAAGCCGCUUAGAUGUCACGGGGCCACAUUGUCGAGGAACGGCCAUUUGCUUGGUGUCCUACAAAGUCCAAAUUACACUUACAAUCGGUUGAAGGAAAAAACUGCUUUAAAGUUAAUUUUUACAAGUCUCCAUUCUCGUGACGAAAUAGCCGACAUUCUACUCCGAGGCAACAAGCAGAACUUAACGUCGUAUUCUGACCUAAUUGAGGAUCUUCGCCGACAGGUCUUCAGUGGUCAGACCCUCCCCAUGCGCCUACAGCUGUUGCUGACCGACAAAGAUCUCUGGCAGACGUUGAAUUCUUUCCAAAAGAAGUUAAUCCGGUUUCUAAUGAUUGUUUUGAUUUGUUCGACUCCGGCUGAUGAUAAGAAUAUGGCCAGGAUGGAGGAUCUGAAGUCUGAUUUAUCUGUGAUAGAAACGAUGCUUCUAUGCGACCACAUCAAAAAAUCACUGAAACAAUUCGAAAAAGAAGCCAAAUCAAAGAAAACUGAAAGAGACAAGGCUGUUGCUUUAACAAUGCAGAAUUGGCUGCAGAGGUAUGAGUCAGGUCCUGCACAUGGAAGUCCGACCAUUGAAGACUCUCUCACUGUCAACUGCCCAAUAUGUGAUGAAGAUUUGAAAGACAUAGCAUCGAUGGCCGCUGAAUGUCGGAGUGGUCACCAAUUUCCGCGGUGCUGUGUGACAUUGUUGCCUUGCGAGGACCUCCGCUACAGGAAGUGUUACUAUUGUGACAGCUAUGCACUGCCCAUCGUCAAAGAUUCCUCGUGGGCUGGUGAACUCCUUUCGAUGAGCAACUGCACACUCUGUGAUGGAAUUCUGCUUUGAGGACAAAAUAGCGACCAAGCUCACUGAAAUAAUUGUCACAUUCUGUAAGAGAUUACCAACUCCCACAACCUCAUCCAGGAAACUGAAGCCCAGGUUGCAUUUCUUUCCUCGUGUCAUGUAAGAUUAUUUUAUUCCGUAAGAAUAAAGAUAUUUUUUGUUACAAAAGACGUUUCUAGUUGAUUUGGUA